AUGGAAUAUGGCCAUCGCGCGCAUCCAGACGUGAACAUGGCCAGCGUCGCCGCCUCGUCGUCCAAGCAGCCGACAGGAUCCCAGAUGCCCGUCGCCGACAUGUCGAGGGCCGAUCGGCAAAUCGGCCCCUCGGCCGUAGCCCGCGAGGCUCCCUACGGCUGGGCUCCCCCUGGCGCCAGCGCUCGAGCCGGGGCCGCGAUACCUGGCGGUGGCGCCCGAGCCGCGCAACCGGAAGCCCAAUCCCGCGCCGCCGUCGCGUCUUCUUCGAAUGGAUCUGUGCCUGUUGGUCGGCCAGGCGCAGCACCCGCGGCCCCGGCAGACGGCAGGGCAUCCCUGAUGCCGACGACGGCGGCCGACCUGAUGCGCGAAGGGCCGCGAGACUUUACCGUGGUCAAGGAGCUCGGCGACGGAUCCUUUGGCACCGUCUGUCUGGCCGACUGGAAGAGCCCGCUGCCCAGCGGCACCAUGCUCUCGCCCAUGCAGCACCCGACCACCCGACCCGAAUACAUCGGCAAGCGGCUCGUCGCCAUCAAGCGGAUGAAGAAGCCCUUCACCAAUUGGCAGGAGUGCAUGAAGCUGAAGGAGCUCAAGUCCCUGCUGGCGAUCCCGCACCAUCCCAACAUCAUCCCGCUCUACGACGCCUUCCUGAUGCCGACGACCAAGGAGCUGCACUUUGUCUUUGAGAGCAUGGAGGGCAACCUGUACCAGCUGACAAAGUCGCGCAAGGGGCGGCCGCUGGCGGGUGGGCUGGUGGCGUCGAUCUUUGAGCAGAUCGUGCACGGGCUCGACCACAUCCACAGCCACGGCUACUUCCACCGCGACAUGAAGCCCGAGAACCUGCUGAUCACCACGACGGGCCUUGCCGACUACCCGGCGUCGCAGCCGACGGCGCUGCCCGGCUCGCCGCCCGAAAAGGACGUGCUGGUGAUUGUCAAGCUGGCCGACUUUGGCCUCGCCCGCGAAACGGACAGCAAGCCGCCGUACACCGAGUAUGUCUCGACGCGUUGGUACCGCGCGCCCGAGGUGCUGCUGCGCUCGCGCGACUACAGCGCGCCCGUCGACACGUGGGCGCUGGGCACCAUCAUCGCCGAGCUGGUCAAUUUGCGCCCGCUCUUUCCCGGACAGAGCGAGGUGGACCAGGUGAUGCUCUUCUGCGACAUCCUCGGCGACCCGAGCCCCGCCUACGGCCGAGACGAGCGGAACCGGGUGCGCGGCGGCGGCGAGUGGGAAAAGGGCAUCAAGAUGGCCAAGGCGGUGGGCUUCCAGUUCCCGCGCGUCCAGCCGAGGAACUUCCACAGCCUCUUCAACAGCAGGGUGCCCACGAGCCUGGUCGACUGCAUCCAGGACCUCCUCCGCUACGACCCCAAGCUGCGCCUCACCACCGCCGACUGCCUCCGGCACCCCUACAUGCUGCAGGACGCGCCCAAGCUGCGGCCUCCGCAGGCCAAGCCGGUGGUCAGCGCCACCGCCCCCGUCCGCCGACCUCCGGCCGGAGCCGUGCCGAUCAACGACCGGCUGGCCGAGGUCGCGGGGCGGCGGGCGUUGCCACCUUCCCACUCCGAGCCGCUCUCGCCGCACCACACCAAGCCCCCUUUCGGCGCCGCGACGGAUCAGAAGGCGCAGGUCAACGGGAGCGGAAUGGCGCCGCUGCACCGCGUGCCCUUCUACGCCCAGCAGCAGCAUCAGGCGCAAGCGCAGGCGCACGCGCACGCAACGGCGGGGCCAUCCGGCUCGGGCUCAGCAUCGCACCCUUCGCCGAUGCAGGAGGAGCCCGGCGACAUUCCCUGGGCGUCGGGACCGGGGCAAUCGCACCGGGAGUCGACGGUGUCGAGCUACCCGGCCUUCCCGGACUCGGCGUCGACGUACGCAGGAAGUCACGCGUCGAUGCAGUUCGACGGCUAUCCACGGGAAGCCCUCGGCAACGGCCGAGGCGGCAUGCCUGGCGGAGGUGGACGCGGUGACUAUCGCGACGAGAUGUCGGACGCGCAGAUGACGGAGGCCACGCUGCGGCCCGACAGCCGCGGCGGCCAGCUGCGCGCCCACCAGCACCGACAGUACCAGCAGCAACAGCAGCAGCAGCCGGGCGGUGUUGACGGCAUCGGCAGCAACGAUAGCCACCGCCACGUCAGCGGAAGGACGGUGUACGACGACGAUCUGACGCUUGCGUACGGCAAAGAGCGAUCGGCCCGGCAGCCGCAGCAGGCGCAGGCCACUUCGCAGCAGAGGCAGGCCUACGCCUCUGCGCAGCACCAGCAGCAGCAGCAGAUCUACGCCCACCAGGCGGACCACGGCGUGGCAUCGCGAGCGGCACAGCAGGCCGCGGGCAUGGUCGGAUCCUCGAGCGAGCUUUCGCAGCAGAACGACUCGAACGCCAGCAACGAGACCAUCGGCUCUCGGGAAAAGGAGCGGCGGAGGAGCAAGGGCUGGGGGCUGCACAUCUUCGGCGGCGGCGGCGGCGGCGGCAACAGCAACAGCCCGCAGAGCGGCAGCGCCAACAGCAGCGAGCUGCGUCACGCCGGGCAGGGCCAGCAGGGCCUCUACGGCCAGCAGACACCGGCGCAGAAGCUGGCCGCCGAGCACCAGGCGGCGCCCGCCUCGGUCUCGCCGAGCUCGAGCAUCACGCAGCUCGACCCGAAAAAGGCCAAGAAGGAGGCCGAGCGGGCAGCCAAAGAGGCGGAAAAAGCGCGUCGCGAGGCGCAGCAGAAGGCGGCGCGGGACCGGGCGAGGGCGGUGAUCCAGAAGCGCAACCAGCUGCUGGCGUCGUCCAACACCAAGGAGGCCGUCGAGUGGCUCAGCGGCACGGUGCAGACCGACGACGCCGCCCCGCGAGCGCCCGGGCCGAGCGAAAAGGCGCGCGGCAAGCAGCCGGUGCCGCCGGGGAUGCAGCUGUCGCCGUCGGUCGCCACCUUCCCGUCCAACGACUACCCGCACUCGCCGCUCCACGCCCAGCACUCGUCGCAGCCAACGAGCCCCGACUUUGCCGGCCGCGUCACCAGCCCGGCGAUGGCGUCCAACAUGGCCUGGCGGGGCGUCGGCGGCCCGCAGUACAGCCGAUCCUCAAAGGCGCGGCGGCGCGGCUACGACGACGACCAUUCGAUGUCGAGCUUCGAGGACGCCAUGGACCCGCGGCGCAUCUCGGUGCAGUCGUACGCCACUGGCGACAGCGACCCGGGUCCCGUCAACCGGCAGCAGCUGCCCGUGCACAACCGGAUGCAGAGGGCCAACUCGUCGUCGUCGUUGGCGUCGGCGUCGGCCAUGGCCGACCCGCGGCGGUUCGCGCCCUCGGCCAACUCGCACCGGAGCUCGCAGGAGACGCGCUCCAUCAGCUCCCUCGACCACCAGCUCAUCACCAACAUGGAAAACAUGACGGCCGCAGAGGCGCGCAGCCGUACACCCGGCAACGUGUCGCCGGGACCCGUCCACCUCGUGGGCAGCCGGCAGUCGGUGAGCCGCCAGAGCCGCGCAAACAGCCGGGCCUCUUCGGCAUCCGCCCAUCGCCAGGGCUCGGCCUCGCCGCUCCACCACGCCUCGGGCAUCCCGCGCUUCCACCCGUACUCGCACGGGGCCGCCGCCGCCGGCGCAUCGCAGGGCUCGGCCGCCUACCACCAAGGAUACCAGCUUCCGCCGCUCCACCAGGCGCUGCCGGGCAACGGCCAGCGCGAUCCGCGCGGCGGCAUGGGCUCGGCCGAGGGGACGCAGCUGGCCCCGCUCGCCCACCUCCAGCACCAGCAGCAUCACCACCAGCAGCAGCACGGGCCGGCGCCCAGCGUCAACAGCGUCAACCCCAUCUUCCAGGUGCCGCACGCCAACGCGAUGGGCAACGGCGGCGGCGGCAGUGGCGGUCCGUCGAACACGACGCUGCCGCCCUUUAGCCAGAUUGCAGCUUCGGUCGACGCUAACGGAGGCCUCAAACACCACGCACACCAGGCGCCCGAUGGCAUGUUCUACGGUUCGCCGCACCACUAUUCGCAGCCCAGCCACAUGCAGCAGGGCUGA